CAUAACCACACUAACCACAGUUGUGGCAAGUUUGAAGUUUGUAAUUGUAAUUGAUAUUUUGAGAUGUCUCGCUGAUGGUCACGUUAAUAAAGUUGUGUGAUGAUGUUAAUUAAUCACAAUUAGGCUGCGUAUAAAAUUCAGCUUACUCUUAUUGUACGAAUAAAUUACCAUUUGCGCAAUAAUAUACAUAUAUUCCGCAUUGAGAGAGAUUGGAAAGAGCAAGUGUUUUGUUUAUCCUUGAAGAAGUAGACGUUUCUCGCUAAGAAAUACCUGGUUUUAUGGUAUUUUUAAGAUGAAUCCAAUAAAAAGUAAAGCAAAUUACUCUGGUUACCUUACGUCGCUACAAUCUGAGAAUACAGUACGGAUGAUACCUCAACCAGUAAAAAUUGCACAGUUGUUUGGUUCAUCUGGACAUUUACAAAGUGGUCAAAGAAAUUCAUCUAUUAAAAUAAAUCUACCUGAAAGAAUUACUCCAUAUUUAAAAAAACCAUCGAGCCAAAAGAAAAAUGUGACAAAUACGUGUAUAAAAUUGCCUCGUAACGAACGAAAUGCACGGCGAAAUUUAAAAUUUACAGAAACAUUAAAUUCUGUGACAAAAAUUGAAAAAUGUGCAAAAGCUGGUACGAACGACGAAAAUAAUUAUCCAAAAAAGGAAAACUUGGGUUUGGCUACAAGGAGAAGCUUCUUACUGCCACCGAAUACUAUAAAAGAAUUGUAUAUUAAAAACAGAAAGCAAAAUAAGCUUGAGGUGUCUCAAUUUCGCAUUUUAACAGUAAGUUCUGAAAAUACAAAUCCCAGGCUCGCCGAGACAUCGACGAGCUGUUCGCCUCCGAUGGCAAAUAUAAGUACGCAUGUUGAUUCUGUUGUAAAUGUGAAGAAAAACAAAACGUCCCUCAUACAGAGUAUUUCAUCGCAAACGUUUAAUGUAAACGAACAGUCCGGUAUAAACAUUUUACAUUCCUCCUAUUCAGAUCUUGCAGAUACGGACGCGAGUCUGGUGGAAAAAAUCCCAGAGAAUUUAACGUCGAAUGAUUUAAUGUCAAAUGUUAACAUUUGCGAAAGCCAAAAUAAUGAUUGUGACAUAAUAAUCAACAGAUCACAUGUCUCAUUGUCCUCGGCAAGUGAUACGAACGUGAGAAUUGAUACCGACCUGCUGCAUAAUGAUGAUGACGUAGAUCGAAAUAAUAUUUGCUGUGCGGAGCGCCAUUCGCGAUUGUAUACGACAUUUAUACUGCCUAACGCAGAAAAAGUAAAAGAGGCGGAAAACUUUUCAUUUAAAAAAGUUGAUAGAGAGGGAUCUUCAUCUACAACUUCAUCUACAAAUAUUUAUGAAGAUUUUUAUUCAUCUUUACAAACCGUUAAAAUGAUAAGCGAGACGUGCUUGAAUCAACAACGUAGCACUAAUGAAGAUGAACGUGCAACUCUUAGUAAAACAGAACUCACAGUUUUGGGCGCUAAAUUGAACCAUCUUGUCUGUAGAUUGGAGGAAGAUAUGUCCGAUCUAAAAUUAACACUAACUACUGUUACAAAAUUGUUAUCUGCGACAAAUAUGGCAAACAAGGAAAUUAAAGACAAUAAUGAAACUAAAAUUACGCAACAAAUAAUAGAAAUAACAGAGAAUCUAAACGAUAACGUGAAAGCGAUGGAUACGGAACACGAUAACACCUUGAAAGAAACUCAUAAAAUGCUUGACAUUAAUAGAUCCAACUUUUUGGAGACAAAUGGAAAAGAUAAUCCCGAGAUGCAGCUCGCGGAUCAAAUGUAUUUUGCUUCUGGAAGCGACAAAGAAAACAAAGAGAUUCUGACGUCGCCGAUCGUAAAGCAAUGUAAAAAGCUUGAAAAUUUGAAUGCCGCAAAUGAUAGCUUCGUGAAUUUAGAAAACGAGCUGGAUAUCGUUAACAGGAAAUCUAAUAUACCAAUUACACCGUUUACAAAUCAGACUCCCGCGAAGAAUAAAUAUCAAAAUCAAAAUAUGCAAGAGAGGCCUAUGAAGGAAUAUAUGGCCUUAAAGUCACGUAUGAGUUGUUUGUUGACACCUAAUAUUAAACGAUUUAAUCCUUCGGAGUCGAGGAAUAAUAUUCAUUGCGAAACUGAUAAUGCAAAAAUUUCCGUAUCAAAUAAGUUACUCGCGGAACUUUAUAAUUUAUAUGAAGAUUCUCUUUAAAUGCAUAAUUUUGUGUAUAUAUAUAUAUCGAGUCGUGUUAUUUCGCGAUAAUAUUUAUAAAAUAUUUCUAAAAUGAGAAAUGUCAUAUUCUGUUCAUAGAAGCUGAUCAUAUAACUUAAUUUAUACAACAUAAUUAUAGCGUUUUUAUAUAACACAAUAUUAUUUAAGACAUGUUUUAGGAUAUAUUAUUUUUAACGACAUUAACG